AGAGACGAACUAAGGUGGCAGGCGGGGAUCGGAAAAAGGGGGGCGGCAAGCUUGGGAAAGUAGGGGAAGAUAAGUGAAGUGAAGAGAAAGGGACAGACCUGAGCAGAGAGCGGGGGUGCUGAGGCGAAGGACGCGCGGGGGGGAAUCGAAUGAGGGAAAUGAAAGGGGCAGAAAGAAAACGGGGGGAGAAGAGCGGGAAUGGGGGAGAAGAGCGGGGAACUGGGGAAACGCAGAGAAGGAGAAAAAAGAAAUAAGGAAAGGGUGGCAAGAAAGAAAAGGAAGAAGAACGGAAACGGCUUGUGUUUUCCAGACACCCUGGAGUCCCCUCAGGCUAGCCCGGCGGGCGCGCACCUGCCAGCCGACCCUGACCUCGAGGGCCAAGCGGCCCCCGAGCCUGAGAAGAUGGCCCAGCCCAAGACCGACUGCCGCUCACCUGUCGGUCUCGACUGCUGCAACUGCUGCCUGGACCUGGCCCACCGGAGCGGGCUCCAGCGCGACAGCAGCGGAGAGAACAACAACCCGGGCAGCCCCACCGUGAGCAACUUUCGGCAGCUGCAGGAGAAGCUAAUCUUCGAGAACCUCAACACCGACAAGCUCAACAGCAUAAUGCGUCAGGAUUCGCUAGAGCCCGUGCUGCGAGACCCCUGCUACCUGAUCAAUGAGGGCAUCUGCAACCGCAACAUCGACCAGACCAUGCUCUCCAUCCUGCUCUUCUUCCACAGUGCUUCUGGAGCCAGCGUGGUGGCCAUAGACAACAAGAUCGAGCAGGCCAUGGAUCUGGUGAAGAAUCAUCUGAUGUACGCAGUCAGAGAGGAGGUGGAGAUCCUGAAGGAGCAGAUCCGAGAGCUGGUGGAGAAGAACUCCCAGCUGGAGCGCGAGAACACCCUCUUGAAGACCCUGGCGAGCCCAGAGCAGCUGGAGAAGUUCCAGUCCCGUCUGAGCCCUGAGGAGCCGGUUCCUGAAACCCCGCAAGCGCCCGAGGCCCCCGGUGGUUCUGCGGUGUAAGUGGCUCUGUCCUCAGGGUGGGCAGAGCCACUAAACUUGUUCUACCUAGUUCUUUCCAGUUUGUUUUUGGUUCCCCAAGCGUCAUCUCACGUGGAGAACUUUACACCUAGCGUAGCUGGUGCCAAGAGAUGUCCUAAGGACAUGGCCACCUGGGUCCACUCCAGUGACAGACCCCUGACAAAGAGCAGGUCUCUGAAGGCUGAGUUGCAUGGGGCCUCGUCACCUCCCCCCCCCUCCCCGCCAGUGAGCCUCUCAUGCCACCGUGCCCUGGGGGCUCCCAGGGCCUGGGCAACUUAGCCGCAACUGGCAAAGGAGAAAGGUAGUGUGAGAUGUGACGCCAGUUUACUCCAGAAAGCAUAAGGGGUCUGUUUUUUUCAUUUCCAUGGACAUCUUCAGCAGCUUCACCUGACAACGACUGUUCGUAUGAAGAAGCCACUUGUGUUUUGAGCAGAGGCAACCUCUCUCUUCUCCCCUGCCUGGCCAAGGCAGAGCCACAGAUAGGAGAGAUUGAGCCAAGUCCGCCUUCUGUUGGUUAAUAUGGUCUAAUGCAUGGCUUUGUGCACAGCCCAGUGUGGGAUUACGGCUUUGGGAUGACCGCUUACAAAGUUCUGUUUGGUUAGCGUUGGCAUAGUUUUUCUAUAUAGCCAUACAUGCGUAUAUAAACCCAUAGGGCUAGAUCUAUAUCUUAGUGUAGCGACGUAUACACACACACAUACACCUAUGUGUUGAAGGGCCUAACCGGCUUUGGGGGUAUCAACUGGUCCCUUAUCUCUUCAGGCUAAUUCUUUGACUGUCAUUUACCAAGUUGAUGCAGUUCGUCCUUUAUGUUAAGUAAGACUACAGAGUAAAGGCGGGGAGGGGCCAGCCUCUGAACGCAGCCGCCACGGAUGCCUUGCUGCUGCAGCCCUCGCCCCAUCUGUCCCCUGAAGACAUGGGAGGCCCCCUUUCGAAUGCCAAACCCACCAUUCACUGGUGCUGACUACAUAGAAUGGGGUUGAGAGAAGAUCAGCCGGGGGCCUUCACAUUGUCAUGCAAAAACUUUUGUUCUUUAUGUUUGUGGAAAAUUCUCAAGUGAACGGAAUGAUUGGCUUGCUGGUGUCCCCUUGUAGACAAGGGAUGGACAAGGGGGUGGCUUUGACCCAACUGGUGCCUGGGUGAUGUGCUCAGGGAGUUUGUGUCUGGGGGGAGUUCUGAGGCAGUGAACACUUUCCACUUUCUGACACCUUAUCCUGAUAUGUCUCCAGGAUUUGGAUUUUGAUUUUUCAAAUGUAGCUUGAAAUUUCAAUAAACUUUGCUCUUUUUUUUUUUUCUAAAAAUAAA